GCAUUUUUCAACUCACACAGCUUAACAACUCGAUCUCCCCUCUUCACUCUCCUCUCCACCAUAAUAUAUACUCACAACACACACACAGAUUGCUCUCUCAAGCUUUACUUCGAGGAGCAAUUGAGAAGAUGAGUACUCUUUCAGUGGCGCAGGGUUUUACGAAGUCGUUGGCGAUGACGGUGUUGUCUGAGAUCGGAGACAAGACGUUCUUCGCCGCUGCGAUCUUGGCAAUGCGCCACCCAAGGAGACUCGUCUUGUCAGGGUGCCUUGGAGCUUUAAUUGUAAUGACCAUUCUGUCUGCUGUUGUUGGUUGGGCUGCUCCCAAUUUGGUCUCCCGCAAAUGGACCCAUCAUAUUACAACAUUGCUGUUCUUGGGAUUUGGAGUAUGGUCUUUGUGGGAUGCAUUCCAUGAUCGGGAAUCUGAGGAACUGGCUGAAGUUGAAGCAGAGCUGGACGCGGAUAUAACAGCUAAUGGUGGAGCAACCAAGGAGAAGAAUAAGGAUUCUGACGAGUUAAAGAAGCAGAGGCGGCCUCUUCUCACUCAAUUCUUUUCACCCAUCUUUCUGAAGGCAUUUUCAAUUACCUUCUUUGGUGAAUGGGGUGACAAGAGCCAGCUUGCUACCAUUGGUUUGGCUGCGGAUGAGAAUCCACUAGGAGUUGUUCUUGGCGGAAUCUUGGGACAAGCUUUAUGUACUACAGCUGCUGUCUUAGGAGGGAAAGGCCUCGCAACUUCAAUAUCUGAAAGAAUAGUGGCACUUGCGGGUGGAUCACUUUUCAUUGUUUUCGGAAUUCAGUCCUUCCUUUCAACAGUCGAGUAACUACGGCGUUUACCUUAUGGAUAGUCGCCCUGUUCUCUGGAAAUGAAGGAUUAUGCAGCUGCAUAUCUCGUUUGGUCAAGUCCUCAAUAUGAAGGUACAACAAUUAUGUAAAAUCAAACAAGUUGGGGAAUGCUAAUGCGGUUAGAUAUUAAUUUCGUUAAUUUAGAUUAAAGCUCCGGAUCUGGCGCAAUGCAGGCCAACCACUAUUUUUAACCCCCUCUCAACUGAAACCCAAUAUGCCGACAACGUGCAAUUUAUAACGAAAUCUUCAGGCACUUGCUUAUAUAGUACGUGACUUUUGCUCUUUGGAUGGAUAAUGGACAGUAUUGCACCAUCUUUUAUGGCUUUUGUUCUUCAA